CAGGAACACUAUUUGAAACCCCCAUGCCCGCAGCACCCUUUGUCAGCUGGGUCCUGGAAACAGCGGAACGAAAGGCAGACGGUUUUGUGUUGCUGGGGCGGACGUGGGCCAAUCUGUCCGUCCUUGCAAGUUUCCCCCAAGGUUGGGACUUAGACGUGCGGCAGAUUCACGUUCUCUGGCACCAUAGUGGUCGUCGCUGGCCCGAGUUAGAAGCCAACUGAGAAUUCUUCGUGCCUCAGAUUUGUUGACCUACAGAAUGCUUCGAUACCCAUAUUUUUGUAGAAUCUAUAAAGAAUUUCUUUCAUGCUGGUUGGAAUCUGGCAUAUUUAAUUUAGGUGUCUGGCCAAAAAAAAUACACGAUACAGCACAAAGAUAUAAUGAAUAUGAAGCCCAGGAGCAAACAGAUCAAACUGGAACUCAGGAGAUACACAGAUCUCAAGAUAGAGAUUUCGAAGCCAUGACUAAAUUACAUAUUCCGGUAAUGGUGGAUGAAGUUGUUCGUUGUUUGGCACCACAAAAAGGCCAGACUUUUCUAGAUAUGACAUUUGGUUCAGGAGGACAUACAAGAGCCAUUCUACAGAAGGAGUCAGAUAUUACUCUGUAUGCCUUAGACAGAGACCCAACAGCUUAUGCAAUAGCUGAACAGCUUUCAGAAUUGUAUCCUAAACAGAUCCGAGCUAUGCUAGGCCAGUUCAGCCAGGCAGAAGCCUUAUUAAUGAAAGCUGGAGUGCAGCCAGGGACUUUGGAUGGAGUUCUUUUGGAUCUUGGGUGUUCCUCCAUGCAACUUGAUGCUCCUGAAAGAGGUUUUUCCCUCCGGAAGGACGGCCCCUUGGACAUGAGAAUGGAUGGUGGCAGGUACCCUGACAUGCCCACCGCAGCUGAUGUUGUGAACGCUUUAGAUCAACAGGCACUUGCAUCCAUCCUGAGAACAUACGGGGAGGAGAAGCAUGCCAAGAAAAUCGCUUCAGCAAUCGUUCAGGCACGCAGCCUUUACCCCAUCUCCAGAACCCAGCAGCUUGCCAGCAUCGUUGCAGGUGCAUUUCCUCCAUCUGCUGUUUUUGCACGGAAAGACUUGCUACAACGAUCUACCCAUAUUGCUACCAAGACUUUCCAAGCUUUUCGAAUAUUUGUGAACAAUGAACUCAAUGAACUUUACACAGGACUGAAGACAGCUCAGAAGUUUCUGAGACCUGGUGGCCGCCUUGUUACCCUCUCCUUCCAUUCAUUAGAGGAUCGCAUUGUCAAACGAUUCCUGCUUGGGAUAAGCAUGACAGAAAGGUUUAACCUAAGUGCUAGACAGAAAGUGAAACAAGGAUCGCAACUGGGUUCAGGUCAUGAAAACAAGGAAGGAGGCUCUAUAGGCAGGGCCCCUUUAAUGUGGGAACUGAUACACAAAAAAGUACUUACUCCAGAAGAUCAGGAUGUACAGGAUAACCCCAGAGCACGCUCAGCCAAGCUUAGAGCAGCCAUCAAAUUAUGAGAAAGAAAGUUUUCAUCAUUUGAUCCUUCAAGUUUUCCUUUCACAGUUUGUCUUUUUUUUUCAUGUGAUAUUACUUGAUCAAUUUAAUAUAAGAAAGUAUGAGAUAUAUCUAUCUAAAGAGAUGUACUAUAUAUGUGUGGAAAUUGAGGGUAUUUACCAUUUUUUUCCUCAGAAAGAAAAUGUCAGAAAUAUUAGCAUGACACAGAAAGUUCAAGGAGCAGCAGCAUCUCAAAACUGGGAAAAAUGUGUUUAUCUGAGCAUUAUAUUUAACUUCUGAAAUGCAGUCCUUUCUCUAAUCAGGAAAUCUUUUAAAAAGAAGAAGAGUACUAUGUGUAUUUAUCUAAAUAUGUAAGCUCAAGCUGUCAAAAGAGAGAGAUUAUAAUUGUAUCUGCAUGCUCUAAAAUCUGAAUUUAGAUAUUCAAAUUUGCAACAGCUUUCUGUGGAUCAAAUAAUUAAUGAUCAUGGAAGAAAUUUUAAUUUCUAUUUGGGAAUAAUUUAGUAGUACUAUAGUCUUCUUAAAUAUAAGUAUUAUGCAAAUUUUAAAUUUUCAAGUAUUUUUAAAAUGCAUCAUACUGUUAAAUGUCACUUUUGAAAUUAUAGUGUUCAUUGUUUCAAAGAGAUUUUAUAAUAUGAUAUAUGCCAUUUUAUCACAUUGCAAAGUAAAAAUGUAGAAUUGCUCUAAUAGCUAUCAUAGAGAAUGUUUCAUGAAACUUAUAUUUAAUAAGUAAAUUAUGUUUAUUUUAAUAAUAUCCCAGAAUGCCUUUGAUGCAUAAUAAAAUCUGUCAUCAUUUGAAUCCUGCAUUUUUUAAUUGAGCUAUUCAAAAUAAUUCAACCAAAUCUAUUUGAAAUAGAAAAGUAUAUGAAAAAGAUAUUAAAAUGAUUGUGCCCCUAAUGUUUUUACCUAUCCAAAAGUAACUAUAAUAGUAAAAUGUUUAUUUAGGAGACAUUCGCUUGGUAAAGGAUUCUUUAACAUAUUGAGAUUGAUUCAUGAUUCACAUACCAACUUUUUAUAUGUAAAUAUGCAUUUCUAAUUUUUUCAGUUAUUCAGCAAGUACUAACUAGGCAGAGAAACAAAGGUGAAUAAAAUACACAUACCUUACAGUACUUGUCCUAUGGAGUUUAAGUCUAGUGGAGAAGAGUAAUGGUAGUUAAAUAAUCACAAAAAUUAAUAAAAAAUUAACGCAGUGGUAAAAGCUACAAAGAAGCAAUACUGGGUACUGCAAGAACAUCUAGUAGGGAUUUCACUUACUGAAGGAAAACGGGUCUGACCUUGUGAUGCUUGAAUUAUGACUUGAAGGAUGAAUAAGAGAUAUAAUUAGUCAAAGGGUACAUUGGCAUGUUGAUAAAAGGUACAUAUAAAUGAUGGCUUUCUUAAGUGAUUAUCCCUAAAAUCAUAUUUAUACUAUUAAUAUGCUUAGUAAACUAUUCAAAUAUAGGAAAAAUUCAUCUUCUCAAUCAUGUUGACAGAUGCUGAAUUGGUGAGUACAAGUGAAUAAAAUAUCAACAUAAGUAUUGGCAAAGGAUAAGAAUGAAAUACUCGAAUUCACUGUAGAUUUACUUUAUCUACCUCUGUAAUAUUUAAGUGCUCAAGCUUGUUUGCCACUUUAUAGGUUUUAUUCAAAUCUGGGCAAUUAUGCAGUGGAAUUAAUUUCUAAUUGUGCAGAAUUAGAAAAUAUUGUAGGGAGCAGUGUCCUCAAAUUAGAAAAAAAUGAAUGUACCUACCUUGUUCCUCUGAAUCUUUCCUGAAAAAAUAUUUGUUUCUCUUGCAUAUAAGUCAUAAUUGUGAAUGAGAAAGAUUCCCAAAGGUACGUUCCCAUCCAAGUAUCUGGUUAGAAAAUAAGAGAUCACACUGUUAUAUUCAACAAUGAUUUACCUAUUUCAUCUGUCAUUUUUGGAUCCUGUAUAGUAUGGGGGUUUUUUCUUUAAUGUUAAAUGGAAAGUGACUGCACCAGGUUGAAUAGUAUUUCCCCCAAAAAAAUUCAUGUCCUUCUCAGAAGGACAUAUGAUCACUACAGAUGUAGGUAGUUCAGCUGAAGUCAUACCGGAGCAAAGCAGGCCCUUAAUCCAAUAUGUGUGGUGACCUUAUAAGAAGAGAAGAGAGGGCCGCCUGGGUGGCUCAGUCAGCUAAGCAUCUGCCUUCGGCUCAGAACAUGAUCCUGGAGUCCCAGAAUCGGGCCUUGCGUUGGGCUCCCCGCUCAGCAGGGAGUCUGCUUCUCCCUGGCCUUCCUCCCUCUCAUGCUCUCUCUCUUUCUCUCUAUCUCAAAUAAAUAAAUAAAAUCUUUAAAAAAGAAGAAGAGAAGAGAAACAGAGAUGCAGGGAAGAAUGGCACAUGAAGAUAAAAGUAGACAUUAGAAUGAUACAUCAUACAAGCCAGGGGACACCAGGGAUUGCUGGCAACCAUUAAAAGCUAGGAGAGAAGCAUGGAAGAGAUUCUCCCUCAGUUUUAAGUAGGAGCCAACAACUUUGCUGACACCUUGAUUUCAGACCUUCAGACUCCAGAACCAUGACAGAAUACAUUUCUGUUGUUGAAAGCCACCCAAUGUGUGGUAAUUUGUUACAGCAGCCCUGGGAAUCUAAUACCUUGAUAGAAAAAAAUCUUGACUAUGCAUGAAAAAAAUCCUUUCUUAAAUAAACACAAAAUCGUUUUAAAAUGUUGUAAUAUAAGGGGCGCCUGGGUGGCUCAGUCGUUAGGCGUCUGCCUUCGGCUCAGGUCAUGAUCCUAGGGUCCUGGGAUCAGCCCCGCAUCGGACUCCCUGCUCAACGGGAAGCCUGCUUCUCCCUCUCCCACUCCCCCUGCUUGUAUUCCCUCUCUCGCUGUGUCUCUGUCUGUCAAAUAAAUAAAUAAAAUUUUCAAAAAAAAAAAUGUUUAAAAUGUUGUAAUGUAAAAAUAUAGGAAUUAUUUUCUGUAAUUAGGCUGUUUACCACAAUCAUUCUUGCCUGCUUCUUGGUUUUUACAUGAAUGAGUUUUAAAUGGUUAAUGCUGGAAAAUGUUUUUGUGAAAUCCGAACAAUACAUACAGAAAUAAACACUGAUUAUUAAAAUGAGUGUGUAUUUCUUUUCCAAUAAAAUAUAAUGAAUAUAAAACAAGCAAUUGUUUUACAUUUCUGAAUUUCUUUUUUUUUUUUUUUUAAGAUUUUAUUUAUUUAUUCGACAGAGAGAGACACAGUGGGAAAGGGAACACAAGCAGGGGGAGUGGGAGAGGGAAAAGCAGGCUUCCCACGGAGCGGGGAGCCCCAUGUAGGGCUCGAUCCCAUGAUCCUGGGAUCAUGACCUGAGCUGAAGGCAGACGCUCAACUACUGAGCCACCCAGGCACCCCCAUUUCUGAAUUUCUUAUCGACUGCUUUCUACCAGCCAUUUUAAUAUAGCAUCAAUACCAUUGUGUAGUACAUCAGUUCUUAAGAGGUUUUAGUUCAUUGCUUAUUAAGAAAUAAAAUUAAGGGGCGCCUGGGUGGCUCAGUUGGUUAAACGACUGCCUUCGGCUCAGGUCGUGAUCCUAGAGUCCCCGGAUCGAGUCCCGCAUUGGGCUCCCUGCUCGGCAGGGAGUCUGCUUCUCCCUCUGACCCUCCUCCCUCUCAUGCUCUCUGUCUCUCAUUCUCUCUCUCUCAAAUAAAUAAAUAAAAUCUUUAAAAAAAAAAAGAAAUAAAAUUAAAUAACUGCAACAGUUUUUAGUUGAUAUCUCUAUUUUAUAUUCAUUUUGUUUUAAAUAUUGUAUAUUACUGUAUAAUCUUUGGAGUUUCUCGGGUCUUUUGGGAUACAUGAAUUGUAUCUAUAUCUCUUUUCUAUUUCAUGUAAUACAUGGUAUGUGAUUUGUGCUUAAAGUCAUUUAUAUUGUAUUAUUUAUUAUGUUGCAACCAAUAGUUUAUAAGAGAAUACAGUAUGCUUAAGUAGGUUUUUUGUAUAUCUUAAAAGUCACUUGCAAGCAUUUGAAAAUCAUAUUUUCUUUAGUCUUUGCAGAGUAUUACAUAUCUUCAAAGGUUUAUAAAAUUCUUUUUUCUGAUUUUUGUUUUUAAGUAAGUAGAAAUAAUGAUGAGUCUACACUGCAGAUUUCUAAAACAAUUUUAAUUUCAUUUCAAGUCUCUCAUUCAAAAAAUAUGAGAGUUCUUUUUUUUUAAGAUUUUAUUUGUCAUAGAGAGAGCAAGUGCACACGAGCAGGGGAGAGUGGGCAGGCAGAGGGAGAAGCAGGCUCCCUGCUGAGCAAGGAGCCUGUUGCCAAGACUCAAUCCCAGAACGCUGGGAUCAUGACCUGAGCUGAUGUCAGACACUUAACAGACUGAGCCACCCAGGCAUCCCAAAAUAUGAAAUAGUUAAUGGAACAUUCAAAAUGUACAACAAAUAAAAAAAUUGUAUCCGCACUUUUACUUCGUUAAAAAAUAUAUAUGUAUAUAUUAAUUACAUAGAACGUAUUAAAAGCUGUGGGGGGGAGGUUCUGGCUGGCUCAGCUGGAAGGGCAUGCAGUUCUUGAUCUUGGGGUCAUGAGUUCAAGCCCCACGUUCGGUGUAGAGAUUACUUAUAUAAGUAAACUUUUUUUUUUUAGAAGCUGACUAGGAAGAAAUCAAAAACACUUCUCACUUCUCUCCUUUUUAAUAGUUUUAUUUUAUACUAUAUUAUCCAUUACAUGAAUAAAUUUAAUCAAUUUAAGGUGAUUGACAUUUUUUAACUUUUUAAAUUGAAGUACAGUUAACAUACAAUGUUAUAUUAGUUUCAGGUUUGCAAUAUAGUGAUUCCACAAUUCUGUACAUUACGCUAUGCUCACCAUAAUAAGUGUAGCUACUACCUGUCACCUUACAAAACUAUUAUAAUAUUAUGGACUAUAUUCCCUACACCGUACUUUUUAUUCCUGUGACUUACUUAUUUUAUAACUGUAGCCUGUACCUCUUAAUCCCUUUUACCUAACUCACCCAUCCUGUUAAUCCCCUACCCUCUGGAAAUCACUCAGUUUGUUCUCUGUAUUUAUGAUUUUGUUUUUUGAUUGGAUUUUGUUUUGUUUUGUUCUUGGUUGUUGUUUGGUUUUUUUGUUUUGUUUUUUAGAUCCUACAUAAAAGUGAAAUUAUGUGUUA